AUACUUUCAUUUAUUUUCCAAACAAAAACACAAAAAUUUGAGAACUAAUUAUAUCAACCUAUAGUUUUCAAUAUGGCAAGAAUUGCCAUAUUAUUUCUCUUCUUGUUCUUCUCAGCUGCAGUUGAAGGACUUCCAAACACCAAGAAAGUUAAAUGCCAUGACGAUAAUUAUCCUCAAUGUUACAAAUCCGACCUUUAUUGUCCUGCUGAUUGUCCUGAAACUUGCGUUGUAGAUUGUUCAUCAUGCCAAGCUGUCUGCAAUCCUCCUCCACCGCCUCGCAGACUCAAAUCUCCACCACCGCCGUAUAUUUACUCUUCUCCCCCACCACCUCCUUAUAUUUACUCUUCGCCUCCGCCACCUCCUCCCUACAUUUAUGCUUCGCCUCCACCGCCUCCGCCAGCUACGUUGCCACCUUCACCUCCAACUCCAACUCCGUCCACUCCAACUCCUCCAACAUCUCCGCCACCGUCGUCUGAGGCAUCGGGGCAAAAGAAAGCUAGGUGCAAGAAUAGGAGCUAUCCACAUUGUUAUGGCAUGGAGCUAAGUUGUCCAAGUUCUUGUCCUGACCAUUGCGAGGUUGAUUGUGUUACUUGCAGCCCCGUUUGCAAUUGCAACCGUCCAGGUUCAGUUUGCCAAGACCCAAAAUUUGUUGGAGGAGAUGGAAUCACCUUCUACUUCCAUGGCAAAAAAGACCAAGAUUUCUGCAUCGUCACCGACUCGAACCUCCACAUCAACGCCCACUUCAUCGGCCGACGAAACGUCAACAUGAAGCGGGACUUCACUUGGGUUCAAUCUCUCGGCAUCCUCUUCGACUCCCACAAGCUCUUCAUAGGUGCUCAAAAAACUGCGACAUGGAAUGAUGCUAUCGAUCGCCUUUCUGUCUCCCUAGACGAUGAAACCAUUCUUCUCUCUAACCAGGAGGGUGCGACCUGGAGAAAUUCAACCUCCAACAAGGAGAUCACAAUAACCAGGACUCAAAACACAAACGCGGUCGAGAUCGAAGUCCCUGGAAACUUCAAGAUCAAAGCCGUCGUCGUUCCCAUAACGGAAAUGGAUUCAAGGAUCCAUAACUAUGGGAUUACACAAGAGGAUUGCUUUGCACAUUUGGACUUGAGUUUCAAGUUCUAUGCAUUGAGUGGGGAUGUGAAUGGGGUUUUGGGUCAAACUUACAGUAGCAACUAUGUGAGCAAAGUGAAGAUGGGAGCGGCAAUGCCUGUUUUUGGUGGUGUUAACGAAUUUGCUUCUUCAAAUAUUUUUUCUACAGAUUGUCAAGUGGCUCGUUUUAGUGGGGAGUCAGAUGGAAAAGAUGACAGUUCUUUGGAGGCUGAAGUCUAUGCCAGUAUGAUGAGGUGUGGAAGUGACACGGAAGGUGGAGUUGUUUGCAAAAGAUAAGUUUGAUUUCCAUUGGUGGAUUAAAUUCUUCAUGCGAAGGAGAAUAAAUAUAUCCUCUAAUGAUUUAUAUAUUAAUAAAUGUUUAAUAAGGCUGGCACAUGGAAAUGUGAAAGGUUUGUGAUCUUUUUCAGAAAAGAAAAAGGGUUUGUUUAUGCAUUAUUUUCUGCAUUCUUAAUUUAUCUCGAGAUUAUUUGGUAUGAUUAUAAUACAAACAUUAUGUGAUGUUUAAAAA